AUGAUAGGAAUCUUGACCUCAGUAUCUGACGACAAGUGCAAGGUUAAAUCAAAGCCUGGUGAUCUUAUUAGCGUUCACUAUGAAGGUAAAUUAGAGGAUGGGACUGUCUUUGAUUCAUCGUAUUCGAGAGGACAGCCAAUUUCCUUCCAGUUGGGCAUUGGUCAAGUAAUCCAAGGUUGGGAUCAAGGUUUGACUAGAAUGUGUAUUGGUGAAAAAAGAAAAUUGACUAUUCCUUCUCAUUUAGCUUACGGAGAUAGAGGUGUUGGUCCUAUUCCUGCAAAGGCAACUCUUGGUAUGUUUUAUUUUACGUCUAAAUUUAUAUAUUUAAUUUCUAUUAGAGUACUAACGAAAUUCAGUUUUUGUUGCUGAGUUAGUUGAUAUUGCUGGCUCUAGUAAACAUGAUGAGCUUUAA